CCAAAACCCUAACCCCGCGGACCCACCUGGCGGCGGCGGCGGCGGCGAUGGCGGACGGCGGAGGAGAAGGAGGACCUCCUGCGGCGUCGGCGGCGCUCAAGGACCAGGGGAAUGAGCAGUUCAAGGCGGGGAGCUACCUCAAGGCUGCCGCGCUCUACACGCAGGCCAUCAAGCUCGACCCCGACAACGCCACCCUCUACAGCAACCGAGCUGCAGCAUUCCUGCAGUUGGUUAAGCUUAGCAAAGCGCUUGCUGAUGCAGAGACAACAGUCAGGCUGAAGCCACAAUGGGAGAAGGGUCAUUUCAGGAAAGGUUGUGUUUUGGAGGCAAUGGAGCGCUAUGAAGAGGCGAUAGCUGCAUUUCAGAUAGCUUUGCAGCACAAUUCACAAAAUACAGAAGUCUCGAGAAAAAUCAAGAGGCUAUCUCAGUUGGCCAGGGAAAAGAAGCGAGCCCUUGAUGUAGAGAACAUGCGUUCAAAUGUUGACAUUGCAAAGAACUUAGAAUCACUGAAGACUGAGUUGGCUACAAAGUAUGGAGAUGCAGAAACAGGGCAGAGUGUCUUUUCUUUCAUUGUUAAUGUGGUAGAAUCAGCAGUAAAGGUUUGGCAUGAUACAGGAAAAGUAGAUCCAAGGGUCCAUUUUCUUCUCGAUGAUCAGAAGACCGAUACUGAAAAAUAUGCCCCAGUAGUUAACAUUGACAAGGCAUUUGAGUCCCCCAACACUCAUGCUGAGUGCUUCACAUAUCUGCGGCAAUACGCGGAGAAUUGUUCUGCGAAGGCUGCUUGUAUGGUGGCACCUAAGAGCAUCAUCUCCUACCCACAGGUCUGGAAAGGGCAAGGGUCGAGGAAGUGGAAGCUUGACCAGAGCGACGGGUUCUUCGUGCAAUUCGAGGCACCGGCGCUGAGGAAGAUAUGGUUUGUGCCAAGCACAAAAGAGAAGGGACGGACAUUGUGCAGGAGCCCUGAGGCCUUGGACAUCGGCAUCCAUGAAGUGCUCCCCCGUAUAUUCAAGGAGGCAGCUUAAGCCCAAUAAUGGAGGACUGUCCAUGGAUUCCUGAUCCUGCACAGCGCUUGCUGGAUGUUCUCCCUGGGACCUGGGAGGAGGAAAGAGCUCGCCCGACAUACAUUUGUGUAACCAGUGGAAUCGGCUACGCUGGCAGACGCAGACUCGGAAGAUUUGAUGCUGUCACUGUGCUAUGCAAUGAGCGUGUUGUGUUUCGAGUGGCACCGUCUCGUGGUUAGUGCGGGUGUUUUGUUUCCAUUUUCUUUUGAUUAUCUACCUAUUUACCGAAUGAUCCCUGUCAAGAGCUAUGCUCCUUUUUUUUUCUUCUUCACCGGAAGGACAAGAUCGCUGUUGGUGCCCCUGUGGGAGUGGCAAGCACACGGGAGGAAGGGUGGGUGUGAUGUAAAGCGGGAUGAACAGCUAUAUACCUAGGUGGAUUGGGUGAGACAGAACAGCAACC